AUGGUCUUACAGUACGGGAAGGUUCCAAGAAAUCAAAUACACUCAAGUACAAUAAUGACUGGAUCCAAAGAAUGGAGCAUGUCGAUGGCCUCAGGAGGGAAGCCUCAUUGUAUGAGUUCUCCUUCCGGGUCUGUCACUGUAUUUUCAAAUGAUGGACGUUAUUCCAUCGUUUUCAUGACCCAUGAAGUAAGAGUCUACUUUGUAGCAACCCGUCAAUGUAUCCGUACAUUGUCUAUAGACAUGUCUGGCGUUGUAGAAGCUCGCUUGGACAACAAUAACAACAACCAAAUUAUUGCCUUCAAGAACAACGGUGAGAUCAUUGUCGUUAAUUGGAGAGAGAAGAUUUCACAACCAAUUAUUUCAACUGAAACUCUUGUUGAUGAAACUUCUGUAUUAUCAGUGAUUUCCGUUCACCAUGAUUCAUAUUUCCUUGUAACAGGGAAGAAGGACAAGAAGUCUAGUACUUCUUCUCCUCAUACUAGAUUUGUGGUUAAAGUGGACCGUGCCACAUUAUCUUCAGAAACAAUCGCUGAAGUAUCAAAUGUGAUUAAGUAUUCUAUUUCUUUGAACAAAAAGAAAUUAGCAUUUGCUCUUGCAUCCCAUGAGUUGGUAUUAAUUGAUUUAUCUCUGCAUGUUCAUGUUGGUGAAUCAAAUGGCGAAUCUAUUGGUGAUAAUGGUGAAGCUCCUAGAGAGAUUAUCCCAUUCACUUAUAAAUCUCAAAUCACUUCCUUGGCAGUUUCUAACGAUUCAGUAAUUGCAAUUGGUACAUCUAGUGGUGCCAUCCAAAUCCUUUAUGGAGGAAUAGAGGCCCAGGAUAGACCUCAAAGAUUACUUAAAUGGCAUAUUGAUCAAGUUAAGGCUUUGCAAUUUACUCCAGAUAAUAAUUAUUUACUCUCUGGUGGUUUAGAAAAAGUAUUAGUAUUCUGGCAAUUAGAAACCGAUAAGACUCAAUUCUUACCAAGAUUAAAUGGUACUAUAGAAAAAAUUUCUAUUGACUAUAACAAGAGUGACUAUUAUACUUUGGUUUUAAACAUUCCAAUUGCAACCACUUCUCAUACUGAUGAAGCUGAAGAAGAAGAUGAAGCUAGUAGCGAAGUCUUGGUUGUAUCUGCAGUUGACUUGGUAUCCAGACUUUCUGUUAAUGGUAUAAGACCAAAAUUUGUAAAUAGCAAUGUCAAGAGUACAUUGGCUAAGACUAAGAAGAAGUUCGCUAAAGCUGGAGGUAAAUAUGAUGUAUCUCGUUUGAAGCAUGAUUAUACUUCUAUUUUUGAGGUUCACCCAAAGAGUCAAAACUUAUACUUCCCUCGUGGUGCAACCAUUCAAGCUUACGAUCUUGUUAGAAAUGAACAAGCAUUCACUCAAAAUGCUGCACCAAUGUUAUCUAUUGGUAAAGUAAGAUCAGAAAACAAAUUAGUAGACCCUGAAAUAUCUGCCAUUUCCUUCACCCAAGAUGGUGAAUGGAUGUGUACAUUUGAUACCAUCGCUACUUCCGAAGUUGACAACUUGUUGUCUAAGAAUGACCUGCAAUAUGCAUUGAAGUUCUGGAAGUAUAUUCAGAAUAGCUCUGGUGCUUCAGCUAACGCAGGCAGUAAAACUGGUGGAUACUGGGAACUUUCCACUAAGAUUAUCGAUCCUCAUGGUCCUUCUAACCCAAUUUUAUCUAUUACUGCUGCACCACUGACUUUCCAUGAAGGAAUUUCAUUUUUAACUGCCGAUGAUAAGGGUGGAUUAAGAGUUUGGAGACCAAGAAUUCCAAAAGAAAUAUAUCAAUCAGUAAAACAACCAAACAAUAAGCUUCAACAAACCGCAUGGACUUUAAGAAAAUCUAAACCUUGUGGAGCUCUCGUUUCUAAUGCCGUCAGUACUUGUUGGUCUGACGAUGGUUCCAUAAUUGUUCUCGGUCAUGAAUGUUCCAUAACUGCUUUCAAUACCCACACUUUUGAAGAGAUUGCCUUCCAAGUUCCAGCUAUAUCUGGUUCAAGAAUUCGUUCAUUGUCUAUUGUCGGCCAUCAUUUGAUAGUUCUUUCAAAAACUAGAAUCACUUCAUUGGAUUUACUUUCAGGUAAGUUCACUCCUUUAGUUGCAAAGGUAAAUACUACUUUGGGCGGCCGUAACUUGAUCGCUGUUGACAAGGUUAAUGAAUUGGUUUGUUUGGCCAUUAAUUAUUAUAAUGAAAAGGAAAACAAUGGACUUGGUGUCAAAUCCAAAAUUCUAAUGUUCAAGCCUGAUCAAUUGGAGCCUGUAUUCACCACUCAUCACGACCAAGGUGUUUCAUCUCUUCGUCACUUCAGAUCUCUGUUCAUCUUUGUGGAUUUAGAUUCUCGUGUCGGUUUAGUUUCUCCAGUUUCUGUUGCUGAAGCAUUAGGUUCAGAAGAAGAAAAAGAACAAGAAUUUAACUUGGCUGAAGAUAUGAGCAGUAUGUUGCUUAACGCACAAGCUACAGCAGAUAUCGUUAACAAUCGUUCCAUCACAAUUGGUGCAACUUCAAAUGGUAAUGGUGUACACAGCAACACUGUUUCCGACGCAGAAAAGGGCAUAGAAUUCAACAAGGUUAUAGAUGUGAAUAUCUUCCAACCAGUUUUUGAAAACUUGGAAAGUGUUCAAAUCGAUACUUUAUUCGAUCGCAUCAUUAAAAUCACAAGAUAG